AUGAUGGAUAAAGAAAUUGAACUUCUGCAUCAAUUCGUUGAUCUGUGCAAGAGAAAUCCUGGUUUGCUGCAUGAACCAAAAUAUGCUUUCUACAAGGAAUACCUUGAAAGUCUUGGUGCAACAAUACCACCGUUGCCAAAGAAAGAAGAGAAGCCCAAAGAACCGGAGGUUCACGAGGACGAAACCAUGGAUGAACCAGAACCACCGGUUGAAUUGGAUAUGAGCGGUGUUAUAGAGGGUGAAAAAGACGAACCAUUGCCGAUGGGCGAUAGCGGCAAAGAGGUUAGCGAUGAAGAUCUCGAAAAAGCGAACGAAGAACGAAAUCAGGCUAUGGAAGCGUUCAAUGAAGGAAACAUGGAAAAGGCAUUGGAGCAUUACACAAAAGCAAUUGAACUGAAUCCGGGAUCGGCAAUUCUGCAUGCUAAACGUGCAAAUGUGCUGCUGAAACUGAACAAACCGAAUGGAGCGAUUCGCGACUGUGAUAAAGCAAUAGAACUGAACGCAGAUUCAGCACAAGGAUACAAGUUCCGUGGACGUGCAAAAAGAUUGUUGGGUAACUUCUUGGAAGCGCAUAAAGAUCUCGUGAUGGCUUGUAAAUUGGAUUACGAUGACGUUGCAAACGAAUGGUUGAAGGAGGUUGAGCCAAAUGUGAGUUUUCUUUCUGAAUCUCAUUUGUUAUCGUUUCAAUUGACUUGA